UAACACACAGUUUGAUUUGAGACUUCCGAAGCUCUGAAUAAUUUACGAUUUUAGGAAUAUUUUUAAAGUUAUUUCCAUUCUACGUUAGUAAUUUGCAUAUCGAUAUAAAAUGAGAUUACUUCAUAUGUUUAAUUUUGUUUGUAUGAUUUGCUUGAGACAUUGUGCUACGUCUGAAAAUAUGGAAAUGUCCACACGAUUUACUGCAAAAUUAAGAAAAUUGGAAGGAAGCAUUGAGAAGCCAAAAACAAAGGCGUAUAGUGGCGAUUUUCUGAUGCAUUAUACUGGUCCACAGGAAAAGGCUAUUUUAUUAGGCAGACAACAUGGAUUUUCGUUUAAGAAAAAGAUACUUCGCGAUUACUACCUGUUCGUUAAUACGAGAGGAGCCUCAGCUGAGGAGAUAUCAGUUGUUACCAGUAAAAUGAAGAGACAAGACAAAUUGAUGCUAGACUUUAAGAUGGAAGAAACAGGAACGAAUCAAAUGCUUUCCUCGAUAGGAAGAGUGAAAAGGUCUGAUGAUAGUUUCACAGUGACAGACUCUUUCUGGCCAAAGCAGUGGUAUCUGCAUACUGACCAAACCCCGUCAAUGCGGGUAUACGAAGCCUGGGAAUUGGGAUACAGUGGCAAAGGUGUUGUGGUAGGUUUAGUUGGAGAUGGUAUUGACACGGCCCACUACGAUCUCGUUGAUAAUUAUAAUGCAUCUCUGAGUUAUGAUUUUGUUGACGACGAUAAUGGAGCCGAGUACGUGCAUGCAUUUGAAAGCCACAGCACCCGGCAAGCAGGAGUAGUGGCUGCCUCAAAGAAUGACCAAUGUAUCACUGGAGUCGCAUAUGAUGCCUCAAUUGCAGUUUUCAGGGCUUUUACACCUGCGGCAGGCGUGGCAAAACGGUGGUUAGCUUUAGCUUGGACAUACAAGCUUGAUGAUAUAGAUAUUUUCAACCACGGUUUUGGAAUGGGAGUAGACCACGGGGCAGGAUUUUAUGAGAUGGACGAAGUAGCUAAAUCAGCGCUAACGCAAGGUAUCAGAGAGGGUCGCAGGGGUAAAGGAACAAUCUUCAUAUUUGGUGCUGGCAACGAUGGCGAGUAUUUCGAUGAUUGUAAUACUGUAGAACUGGUCAACAAUAUGUAUACAAUCGGGGUAAAUUCCCUGGCACCUGAGGGUGGUCCUGCCACAUACGCGGAGGAAUGUACAAACGUAAUGACCGCAGCCUAUGCUGGAGAAGAAUAUCCAAACGGUACAAAGGUGUACCUGGCUACAACGGCCAUAAAUGAUACUUGUAUAGAAAACUAUGGCGGAGGGUCUGCUUCGGUUUCGUUACUUUCGGGAAUCAUAGCGCUAACAUUGCAGGCAAAUCCUGAUCUGACGUGGCGGGAUGUGCAGCAUUUACUAGCGGAGACUUCAACCUCUGUUGGCGUACCUGGAGGAAACUUCUACUUGAACGCUGCUGGCAAAAAUGUCAGUAAUACACUUGGAUUUGGAGUGGUUAACGCAGAGGGAAUGGUUAAAACCGCAUCCACAUGGACGACAGUUCCAGAGAGAUUAUCGUGCAGCAGCGGAACGUUGGAAGUAAACAAAUGUUGCACAAGGUCUAUCGAAGCGUCAUAUUUUGUCGACGACUGUCAUAUACAGUAUUUGGAGCAUGUUCAGAUAUUUGUAUCUUGUGAAGCCUACUGGAGGGAACAUACAGAGAUCCACAUUGUUUCACCCCAAGGAACAGAUAGUAGAAUUCUACGCCAGCGUAAGCUAGAUUAUGAAACUGGAAGAUUUGACUGGACCUUUAUGUCUGUCCAUAACUGGGGUGAAAAUCCAGCGGGAAAUUGGACUGUCAGAAUGGACGACUUCCUAAACUGUGAUAAUGAGAUGCACUUAUACAGCUGGGCUCUAACAUUGUAUGGUACAGUAACCAACCCUCUCGACGGAUUACCCGAAAAUGGGACGAUUGGUGGAUAUUGUGAUGAUAGUGUAAUUUGCACUAAUGGUACAAAGUGUCUUCAGGAUUCCAACGUCUGUGUAGACUGUAGUGUGGCUGGACAUAGGAUUGUAAAUAACUUCUGUGUGAAAGAUGGAUACGGAUAUUGCGAUCUGAAUGUAACGUGCAUAACAGACAACGCCUGGUGCAAUGCUGAAAACGUCUGUGAAAGUUGUGGAACUGGGUACCAUGAAAUUGACGGAGUAUGUAAACAAGAUGGUGCGCUAGGAGGCUACUGUGAUGCUUUGGCAGUUUGUGUAGAUUCAGGCGUGGCCUGUGAUCUUGCCACAGAUCGCUGUGUCAGCUGUACAAAUGGAUAUCAUAUAGUUGGUUACUCAUGUAUUGAAGAUAGUGUACAGGGGGGUUAUUGCGAUAAGGAGAUUCCAUGUUUUACUACAAUCUACGUUCCUGGUGCAGCAUGCGAUCCUAGCUCAAAUAGCUGUGUUGAUUGUUACUAUCUUGUUAACCAUCGUGUCCUAGAUGGAUUUUGUAUCGAAGAUGGAACAAUUGGAGGAUUUUGUAGCAGCGAAAUAUCAUGCACUAUUACCGGAAGUGGUUGUGACCCUGAAUCUAACACGUGCAAUACGUGCACAAUGAAUGGAUAUCGCAGUGUGAGCGGCUACUGCAGGCGGGAUGGUGUAAUUGACGGAUAUUGUGACACAAGUCUGGUCUGUAAUGACGGGACAGGGUGUGAUUUCCAAUCAAACGUUUGUAUAAAUUGUUCAUCAACAGGAUACCGUGUUCUACCUGAUGGCUAUUGUAGACAAGACGGUUUGAUUGACGGAUACUGUGAUGAAGAGAUUCCAUGUGUGACAUUUUCUGCCGGCUGUUUGCCCGGAUUCAAUAUAUGUGUCAUCUGUUACGCUGGACAUACAUUAGUUGGUGGUUAUUGCAUUGAGGACGAUGCUCCUGAAGCUCAAACUGUUGAUAAAAAUUCGCACGCCGGAACAAUAGCAGGACUCGUCAUUGCCGGCUUUAUUACAGGAGUGACUAUAAACGGCAUUGUAUUUCUCAUAGCACUACAGAAAGCCCUGGUAGCCAAGACUGGAUACGCUCCUAAAACCAUGAAAGACAAAUUUCUUUACAUUUUACAGUUUCGAAAUAAUCUGUUUAAAUAGUAUUCAAAUCUACGGAAAUUUUCUAUGAUAAUACAGUGGAACCUCCAUAAUCCGAAUCCCUCUAAUCCGAACACCUCUCUAAACAGAACAAAAUAUUGUAGUAAAUAUAUCAUGUUAAAACCAGUACUCAAUAUUUUUAUGUCUUCUAUUGGUCAGCAAAAUUCAAAUCGUUUUUGUAUUGUUUCGAAACUACGGUCUGUAAGUCGAUACUUUAGUACAGACUCUUAAUUGCGGUAGGAUUAACACUACUGUUACACGUUUUAUCUGCCAAAUCUCUAAAUAUAUAUAUGAGAGUAUAUAGCCCUGUAAUCAGUUUACAAGAUAUAUAAGCAUAAAUGUAUUAAUAGACAGCUUUUUAAUGUAUUACAUUAGUUUACUUUAGGGGAGUGUCCGGGUAAAUUCGGACAUCGACAUAAUUCGUACAGUUUUAAAGUCAAAUCUGUAAUUAUAUGUUCCCACAUCCGAUAAAGCUAUUUUAUGUCUCUUUAAAUUUGUGAAAUUGGUAUGUCUCCGUUAAAGUACAAUCAAGUCACCAAACAUCUUAACAUCGGAUAUAACGUAACAACUGAGGUAAUGACGUAGUUCUCAUUCUUUCUGCGAACAACAAAGAUAUCUUUGAAAGCGGGAAUUUUUCAAAGAGGAUUCAAUUCAUGUAUCAGGCAUGAUUUCAUAGUAUUGCUUUUAACUUUGAAAUCAAAAUGGAAGAUAAAUAUGUUAAAAACUAAAUAAUAUCUGUUGUUUUCCUCCAAAAUCAAAGGAUUGUCUAAAAUAAGGCAAAAGUGUUAGUGUCCGAGUUUAAACACCUGUUUUCUUAUAGUAGAAAAAAUCGAACAUGCAAUUUUAAGGGUCAGUGCAGACUCCCUGUACUAUGUUGUUUCCGAUAUUGACCAAAACAGUUACAGUCAAACCUUUGUUAAAGACCACCUGGCUAUAAAGACCGCAUAUUUUGUUUCCCAUUUUAAAAUUUUCAGUGUAUUUUAACCUGUGAAUAUAGGCCACCUCUCAAUAAAGACUCUACCGAGGGUGGUCUUUAUAGACAGGUUUGAGUGCAUAUAAAUAAUGAUGAAUAUCUAUAUUUUUCAGAUCUAUGUUUGAAUUUUACUUUUUAAAUACAGUUUUAGUGUCCGAAUUAUUCCUACGUAUUUUAUUAUGUCCGAAUUAUUCCUACAUUGUGUCCGAAUUUUCCUACCUCGUCCGAGUUAUGCCGACUGAGAGCAGGGCCAAUGAAAUCGAUUGUGUGACAACAUUUUAAGGUUACAAACCUAAAUAUGAUUGGAUAUCGCAUCUUCAGAUAUUCUUUCUCCUUACUGCUUGGGUUUGUUAAGCAGCGAAUCAAAAUUACCUUCACAGCAACCUGUCAAACUCGAACUGUUAAAAAUCGUCCGAAUUUACCCGGUCGCCCCCUAACUUCCAACUUAAAUAAUAAUUUUUCAUAAUGUUUACUGAAAUAUAUGUGAGCUUUUAUUUGCUGUUAUAUAGAUACUUCCAGUAGAAUUAACAUUUGAGUUAUAGUGUGUAUUUGUGUAUUUUUUCUUUUGUAUGGUUGUUUGUUUUUGCUUUUUUUUAUGUAAAUAUGUAAUAUGACCGGAUAUUGAUUGUAAAUGGCAUUGAUAUAUUGUACAUGUAUGUUUCUUGUAAUUCUGUAAAAGAAUGGCCGUUUGCAUAUCAUUUAUUAUAUUGAUGAUAUUGUAUACAAUAUAUAUGAUGAUGAUCGACAAUGACAAAGCUGCGUCCAGUAGUCAUUGACUAUCUUCUGGUCGACAAUGACACAGCUGCGUCCUGUAGUCAUUGACUACCUUCUGGUCGACAAUGGUACAGCUGCGUCCUAUAGUCAUUGACUAUCUUCUGGCUGACAAUGGUACAGCUGCAUCCUGUAGGCAUGGACUAUCUUCUGGCUGACAAUGAUACAGCUGCGUCCUGUAGUCAUUGACUCCCUUCUGGUCGACAAUGGUACAGCUGCAUCCUAUAGGCAUGGACUAUCUUCUGGCUGACAAUGGUACAGCUGCGUCCUGUAGGCAUGGACUAUCUUCUGGCUGACAAUGGUACAGCUGCGUCCUGUAGUCAUUGACUAUCUUCUGGUCGCCAAUGGUACAGCUGCGUCCUGUAGGCAUGGACUAUCUUCUGGCUGACAAUGAUACAGCUGCGUCCUGUAGUCAUUGACUACCUUCUGGUCGACAAUGGUACAGCUGCGUCCUGUAGGCAUGGACUAUCUUCUGGCUGACAAUGGUACAGCUGCGUCCUGUAGGCAUGGACUAUCUUCUGGCUGACAAUGGUACAGCUGCGUCCUGUAUUCAUUUACUAUCUUCUGGUCGCCAAUGGUACAGCUGCGUCCUGUAGGCAUGGACUAUCUUUGAAGUCGACAUUGGUAUAGGUGCGUCCUGUAGUCAUUGACUAUAUUCUGGUCGAUAAUGGUACAGCUGCGUCCUGUAGUCAUUGACUAUCUUUAAGUCGACAAUUGUACAGCUGCGUCCUGUAGGCAUGGACUAUCUUUAAGUCGACAUUGGUACAGCUGCGUCCUGUAGUCAUUGACUAUCUUCUGGUCGCCAAUGGUACAGCUGCGUCCUGUAGUCAUUGACUAUCUUCUGGUCGCCAAUGGUACAGCUGCGUCCUGUAGUCAUUGACUAUCUUUACGUCGACAUUGGUAUAGCUGCGUCCUGUAGGCAUGGACUAUCUUUAAGUCGACAUUGGUAUAGCUGUGUCCUGUAGGCAUAGUCUUUAUUCCUGUAUAAGAAUUAUUUGAUUGUUCAGAUUCACUUUGUAAGUAAAAUCUAAAUACUAAUCCUGUGACAAUGUCUAUGAAGUUUCAGUAUUAAGUGUUAACCAUUUAAAAAAAACUGACAUUAGUAAGAAAUGUAAGAGUGAAGUAUAAUUAUACAAUAUGUAUCUAGUGAUUAGUUGUAGUGCUUGAUAACUCAUGUUAGUGUUACGCAUUUUAUUUAGUUCUACGUACGUACGCCGGUAAAAGUGUAGUUUUUAUGUGACUGGCAGAAAAUUUUUCUGUUUAAUAAAGGUUUUGCAUUCAAUGA